UGAAAACACAUGUCCAGAGCUCAGCAUUUCAAGGCAAGGGCUGAACGCCAGUAAUACCCACCACAUCCUCUCAGUUGCCUCACAUCGGGCAGCGCGGUAUCUGUGCUUCACCACAUUCGCUUCCCGUCUGCCCAUUUCGUACCACAGUGGACGCCGAUCUAAAGACUCCCGAUCUGAAGACUCGCGACCAUGCAGCGCGCAAGCUACGGCCGCUCUCCUCCGUUGCACCACCCGGUGCCGCAACACGUCUCGACAGUUCCCCAGCUGAGAUCUCCCCCGCCUCCCGUACCUCCAUCACAAAGCGCAUACGAUGGCAGUCCCUACCCGCAACAAGCGCGCGCCCCGUCAUCGGGCGGAACUCACCUGUUCGGGCCAUACGGGAACUUCAUGAACGACCCUGCCGCGCAACUCGCAUCCCAGUUUGGCCAGACGGCGUUCCGGCAGGGGCAGGAAUACAUCGAGCAGAACGUAAACCGAUUCGUCAAUGUCUCGGCGCUCAAGCACUACUUCGUCGUGACCAAUUCCUACGUAAUAAACAAGCUGUUCCUGGUACUCUUCCCCUGGCGGCACAAACCAUGGACGCGACGACAAGCCACGGGGCCGUCGGGCCAGGAGGCCUGGUAUCUCCCGCCGCGCGACGACAUCAACAGCCCGGACAUGUACAUCCCGGUCAUGUCGCUGGUCACCUACAUCUUCCUGCAGGCGCUCAUCUCAGGGCUGAAGGGCCAGUUCCAGCCGGAGCUCUUUGGAUACAUUGCGACGAUGGCGCUGGUGGCCGUGAUUGUCGAACUACUCGGCCUGAAGCUGGGGUGCUAUCUGCUCAACAUCUCGAACGAGUCACAGUUGCUGGACCUGGUUGCGUACUCCGGGUAUAAGUUCGUGGGCGUCAUCGUGACGAUCAGCGUCGCCGAAGUCGUUAACGGCGGGAAGGGGACUGGUGGUUGGAUUGGGUGGACGGUGUUUAUCUACACUUUCUUGGCGAAUUCGCUUUUCCUGAUGCGGUCUCUCAAGUACGUUCUUUUGCCAGAAACCAACAGCGACAACCGCGGCCCGAUGCAGACGCACCCACUGGACUCGCGGACAAAGAGGAACCAACGGACACAAUUUCUCUUUUUCUAUUCAUAUGUUGUACAGCUCUUCUUCAUGUGGAUUCUCUGCCGGUCGUAGAGCGCUAUGCGAUGGUCUAUAGAUGGGAAGGCUAGGGUAGCGCCAUGGUGGUUAGAGGUUGAUGCCGGGAUGGGCGCUUCAGCCGAAGAAGUAUCGCUGGGGAAUGACACGUGGGAUGGACAGCAUGUAUGAAAGCUUCUGAGUGUAUGUAUGUACAUCAACGACUCCUGUGGCAGUCGCAGUACGCGGACGGAGGGCGAGCUCAACGAGGAGUCGCGAAGACAUUACGCAGUUCCAGGCGGGGUGGCCACCAAGCCCGGAGAUAUAUUGACGCCGCUGUACCUAGGUGUCUGUGCUCAACGGGCACGAGAUCCCUCCCUGUGGGUUUCAAUAUAGUCCGGAAUUUGCAAUAGCAAGGUGGGUUAUCUGUACACAGAAGCUACCUA